GCUGCCGCGACAAUAUCCGCACUGUACCGCUUACCCUCCGAAUUGUCGGUCCAUUGAAACCGCGGUCGCCGUCACCGAGUUGAAAACGUGCGGUAUGUUCGGUAUACUGGUCCUGUACUACUUGUCGACGGCAGCGUUUCUGUUUGGCCGCUGUGGUUGUAAUGGUCAGGCGACCGGUGUCGGCUCGCUAACGUCCCAAAUCGGCGGUUACGCGGUAUUCAAAUGCCCGGCAGUACCACAACCGCGGUUCGACCAAGACGGCGGUCUUCGCCGUCUUGUGGCUGUACGUUGGACGAAAGACGGACAGAUGGUAUUUAUGUUUUCAGAGGGUACUUUAAUCACCGACGAGCGGUACGACGGAAGGACUACCGUGGUAGAACCCCUUGACUUCAGUGAUGCUGUCUAUAUUUCUAUUAACGUUUCCAAUCUUCGCGAAUCAGACACAGGUGACUACGAGUGCCGUGUACGUUAUAGUGGUGAUACAGGUCCUCUGCAGCAUUUUUCGUCACAGCCACCUUUAACAACGCUGUCGUCACCCCAGUCGAGCACAGAUUCAACGUUGAAUGCUGUCGAUAACGACAUGGAUGCUACAGCAGGUGUACAGUUCAGGUUGGAUGUCGAAGGUGGAGAUGUGAUGAGUAUACCGCCGAUGAACCAAACCCGAAUGGAACACGAGUCAGUUCAUUUCAGUUGCGUCAAAGAAGAUCCCGAGUUCGUAGUCCAGUGGUAUAAAGAUGGAGUGCCGCUAGACGAUUUACCAUUCUUGAAUGGUAGAUUUCUCGUUUCUCCGGAAGGUUCCUUAGACAUCUAUGACGCAGCAUUGAACGAUAAUGGUUUUUAUUCGUGCCGCAUAGUAUCGGAAAAGAGAACACUGACUGCCGGCGCUUUUCUCAACGUUCAGUACAAGGCGAAAGUUGUGUAUUCGCCAGCUGAAGUUUUUCUUGCUUUUGGUAAGACCGGUUCUUUGGAUUGUCACUUCCAUUCCAAUCCGCCACUGACAAAAAUAAGAUGGGAAAAAGAUGGGUUUUUGUUCGAUACGUAUAACGUGCCCGGAGUUUACCACAGGCCAAAUGGGUCGCUUUAUUUUGAUCGGGUUGAGAAAGAACACGGUGGAAAAUACACGUGCACUCCAUUUAACGAUUUGGGAACCGAAGGGCCGUCUACGCCAAUGGACGUUAUCAUCCAGCACCCACCGAAAUUCAUUGUUGUACCAAAAGUGUUAUACUUCCGUAAACUCGGCGAUAACAUCACAAUGCCGUGUGAAGCAGAAAAUUUCGACAAUAGAGGUCCGGCAAUUGUUUGGCAAAAGGCGGACGGUAAAAGUUUAUUUUCUCCUCGAGUGACAGUAACUGGAGGUAAUAUUACUCUAACUGGCGUGAGAAGUGAAGACAGAGGCGUCUAUAGAUGUGUGGCGUCCAACAUCGCAGCUACUAUUUCGGUAGAAACAGAGUUGAUAGUCGAAGAAAACUUAUUCCACCGUAAACAUUUAGAUUUGCACGUUAAUUCAACUAACAGAAAUAUUGUGGCUUAUUGGAAACAACCAUAUUCAUUUUGCACAGUUUGGAGCAGAGACACGAGCUCAACAUCGUCAAACUGGAAUGUAACAGCGACGUCUAGCGACGGGAAAGCAAUUUUAUGGAAUUUAAACACCGACGGAGAAUACGAGAUAAUGGUGUCGUGCCGUGACGAGAUAAGCGGGGAAUCUAUGAAUAGCAGAUCCAUUCUGACAAAUCGAUCGAGAAAAAACAUCGGCCAGUCGACCGAAGAGUUGCACGAAAAGUCUUCGAGUCUCGUCGACGACAACCACCCGUUGAAUAUUCGAAUUGAACAUUCCGGUACCGGGUACAAUGUAUCGUGGACAAUGGAUAAGUCCAGCGUCGAACAUCGUGUUAAGCGUUACGUGGUCAAGUGGUUCGACGCGUACGAUGGUUCAGAACUCGGGUCGGCGUCUACCGCAUCUAAUAAAAGAUACAUAGUGGUAGAGCUAGCCGGUGGAAAGACGUAUGGUAUCCUAGUAACGGCCACCUCGGCGGACGGUCGACAAAUAUCCGUCGGCAGUCGUUCGUUCCAUUCCUCGGCAGCAGCGAUGGCAGCCACUACAACGUCCUCGUCAAUGUCGACGGUCUUUACAAAAUACUAUUACAUGGUACUGUUUGGUCUGCUCAUCGCCGGUUUCGUCGUGUUGUGCUGCAAUUGUUGCGGCGGUAAGGACAGAUGAUGUCCGAACGACAAAUGUAUACCUGUUCACCAUUAAAAGGUAUACGCGGUGUCAGUAGCGCCGAUCUCUGCUAAUAUUUAUUUCCUAUAUACACUUACUAUUAUAUACUACAUACGUGUUUAUGUGACGAUUUUCAAAAAAUUAUUACCCCACUCUAAAGACCUACAUUAUCCACGCCUGCUGCGUUUUUUUAAUGUCCAUAAUACCUAUAUCGUCGAUAAAUUUAUUAUUAUUAUUAUUAUUAUUUUAAUUAUUACGUUUUACAAGCCCAUCACGUCCAUCCGAACAUCCAUUCAUCGUUACAAGAAAUCUACUGUGACAUGUUUCUUAUUAUAACGAUAAUUAUUGAGUUCGGUACAACUAUUUAUUAAAAUAAACUAUACAUAUUAGUUAUCGCCGUUAAUUUUCAUUAUUAUUUAUUACUAUUAUUAUUAUUAUAUACUAUUUAUACGUUUUCUGCUGCUCUUAAUCGAAGUCACGGUAUUUUUAUUAUUAUUAAAGUUUUGUAAAAAUUUGGAUAUGUCAUCCAAAGCGUAUCCAAGAUUUUACUAUUAUAUACGAGUCAGCCUAGCUCAUAAGAGAGGGAGGCCAUGUUGUAUUAUCGCGAACUAACUAUAA